AUGUAUGACGGAUUAUUAAAACUAGAACUUCCAAACGAAGUCAAACUCGUAGCAUAUCCAGAUGAUGUGGCCGUAGUGGUCGUUGCAAAGCAUUUCGAAGAAAUUACCUUCGCAUUUGAUGCUACCAUCGAAAAGAUUAGCCACUGGAUGAACACAGUUAGACUGCAGUUGGCAGAACACAAGACUGAGGCAGUACUCGUUACUGGCAGGAAGCGGUUGGAAACCAUCACACUGCAAGUCGGAGCACAUGAAAUCACAUCCCAGCCGUCUCUUCGGUAUCUGGGCGUUAUGAUUGAUGCCCGACUCAACUUCAAGCAGCAGGCACAACACGUGGGCGCCAAAGCGUCGGUGGUCAGAGCGACUUUAUCAAGGCUGAUGCCCUACAUAGGAGGUCCGAAGCAGAGAAGGAGGGCGUUACUGACGUCUGUAGUAACAUCCGUACUCACCUAUGGAAUCCAUCUGGGCCGAUGCGCUUAA